AUGAGUUCUUCUCAAAAUAAUAAGAAUGUAACUUGUAAUCUUACUUUAUACCCCUUCCAGAUCGAGGCCAUGGUCACCAGAAUACAAGAUGAGAAAGCGGGAGGCGUCGCUAUCCGGACUGUCAAAAGCUUCCUUUCCAAAAUCCCCAGUGUGGUAUCAGGGGUGGACAUUGUUCAGUGGCUGAUGAAAAACCUCUCAAUAGACGAUCCAGCCGAGGCCAUCCACUUGGGAAGUCUGAUCGCAGCUCACGGCUACAUCUUCCCCAUCUCUGACCACGUUCUGGCCCUCAAAGAUGAUGGAACUCUUUACCGCUUUCAGUCUCCGUAUUUCUGGCCUUCAAACUGCUGGGAACCUGAGAACACAGAUUAUGCCAUCUACCUGUGCAAGCGCACCAUGCAGAACAAAGCCAGGCUGGAGCUCGCCGAUUACGAGGCUGAGAACCUUGCCCGGCUGCAAAGGUCUUUUGCCAGGAAAUGGGAGUUCAUCUUCAUGCAAGCUGAAGCACAAGUCAAACUUGACAGAAAGAAGGACAAGGCUGACAGGAAGGUCCUGGAUAGUCAAGAGAGGGCCUUCUGGGAUGUUCACCGACCCGUGCCAGGCUGCGUCAACACCACCGAGAUGGACAUCCGCAAGUGUCGCCGAGAGAAGAACCCACACAGGGUGAAAAAGUCGGUUUACGGGGCGCCAGAUGAUGGACAGAGUAAGCCGAGUCCAGUCCACAUCAGCUCUCCUCCAGCCAGAAAACUCACCCAAGAAGACAUUGAGAAGGAGAUCACCUUCCUCAACAUCCAGCUGGGCCGACACUGCAUGAAGGUUUCCAAAGUGGCCGACAGUCUGAUGGGCCACACCGAGCAGUUCACAGAGUACGACCCGCUCGUGUCGGCGGUUGACCCCUCCAACCCUUGGAUCAGUGAUGACACCACCUUCUGGGACCUGGAAGCAAGUCAUGAGCCCACCCAGCAGCGAGUGAAGAAGUGGGGCUUCUCCUUGGAGGAAGCGCUUAAAGAUCCAGCAGGAAGAGAACAGUUCCUCAAGUUCCUAGAGUCGGAGUUCAGCUCAGAGAACUUGCGCUUCUGGUUGGCGGUGCAGGAUUUGAAGCGUCAGCCACUGCAAGAUGUCCCCUCGAGGGCGCAAGAAAUCUGGCAGGAAUUUCUGGCCGAGGGAGCCCCAAGUUCCAUCAACCUGGACUCUCACAGCUAUGAGCGCACCAGCCAAAACCUGAAGGACCCCGGGCGCUAUAGCUUUGAGGAUGCUCAGGAGCACAUAUUCACGCUCAUGAAAAGUGACAGCUAUGCACGCUUUUUGCGAUCCAGCAGCUACCAAGACCUCCUGCUUGCCAGAAAGAAGCAACAACCUGCAGACUCUGAACAAGGUCGUCGCACUUCCUUGGAGAAGUUCACCCGCAGUGUGGGCAAGUCAUUGACGGGCAAGCGUCUAUCUGGCCUGAUGCAGUCAUCCUGACACACUCUGUUUACGGUGGGCACGUCGAGCUAUACGGACCACAACGACCACACGGGACAGGGCUGGUCGUCGGCACUCAAACUCUGCACGGCACGGAGCCUGCUGGGAUGGACUCCAAGAGCAGAUUCGCUGACAGGAGGGGAAGUACUACUUGGCAACAUGACAACGCAGCUUCAUUACACGAUGGGUUGUUUGUUGGAUGAAUGGAUACGUUUAUAUUUUAUAUCGUUGUAUACUGUGUAUGUCUAUAUAAGAGCACAUUGUUUGGGAAAUAAAUGCUAAAAAGCGGUCUUUUUUUUUUUAUUUGCCAAAUAUUCAACAUGGGUCUAUUGAUUUGCAGCAAUAAAGACCAGCU